AUGGAGACGCUGAAGGACUCUGAGCUCUGCUUCCCUCAGCUCCUCAACGCCUCCUGCAUCAGGACCAAGCGUCCUCACUAUGAGGCUCUGCUGACCUACGUCCUGGUGGUCUCCAUCUCUCUGCUGACGGCGUUCCUCAACCUGCUGGUCAUCGUCUCCAUCUCACACUUCAAGCAGCUCCACACCUCCACCAACCUCCUCCUCCUCUCUCUGGCCGUCUCUGACUUCUUCGAGGGCCUGAUGUUGCUCUUUCAGAUGGUGCUGAUAGACGGAUGCUGGUUCCUGGGGGACCUCAUGUGUUCUCUGUAUCAGUAUCUGGCCGCCACUGUUACCUCUGCCUCAGUAGGAACCAUGGUUCUCAUCUCCAUCGACCGCUACGUGGCUGUGUGUCAUCCUCUGCAUUACUCUGAGAUCACACAGCGGAGGGUGAAGCUCUGUGACUGUCUGUGUUGGAUCUGCUCUGUGAUCUUCCAGACUCUGGUUCUGAUGGACAACCUGCAUCAACCAGGCAGGUUCAACUCCUGCGUCGGCGAGUGCGUCAUCGUCGUUAACUACGUUGCUGGAGUUGCAGAUGUGAUCUUUUCCUUUGUCGCUCCCAUCACCGUCAUCAUCGUUCUCUACAUCAGAGUGUUUGUUGUUGCUGUGACUCAGGCUCGAGCUCUGAGGUCUCACAUGGCAGCUGUUUCUGUCCAGCAUUCAGUGAGAGUCACAGCUCUGAGGUCUGAGCUGAAGGCAGCCAGGACGCUGGGUGUGGUCAUAGCUGUGUUCCUGAUGUGUCUCUGUCCUUAUUACUGUGUGGCUCUGAGCAGCCAGGACAACUCCAUGAACGCCUCCUCCGCUGCUUAUAACUUCGUGGUGUGUUUGUUUUGUUUUAACUCGUGUCUCAACCCGAUGAUUUACACCUUUUUUUACCCCUGGUUCAGAAAAUCUAUCAAACUCAUCGUCACUUUGAAGAUUCUGGAGCCUGACUCCUGUCAGACCAACGUGCUCUAA